AUGUCGGAGCUGGCGCGGGAGGAGCUGUCGGCGCUCGCCGCCAUCUACUGCGAGCCGGGCGCCUGCGAGGUGCUGGCGGCCUCAGAGAUACAUGGGAUCUCAUUUAGAAUUCAAAUCAGUGCAAAAGAAGUGCUGGAUACAGAUGUACUUUUAAAGCUGUUGUUUCAUUUACCAGUCAAUUACCCAUCAACUCUACCAGAUAUUUCUGUUAACUCAGACCAGCUUACAAGGGCCCAGUGCAUGGAUGUGAAAGAGAAAUUACUUGAACAAGCAAAGAAGCAUCUUUCUGAACCCAUGGUACACGAUCUGAUUCUUUGGGUACAGCAGCAUCUUAAAGAAGUCAUUAAGCAAUCAGCAACAGUUUCAAAUGAAAAAACUACUUUGUCAAAAGGAACAGAAGAUGGUAUCUGGAUGCUCCUUUUGCAUUUAGAUCACAUGAGAGCAAAGGCAAAAUAUGUGAAAACUGUGGAAAAAUGGGCUUCAAAUUUAAGGCUGACUGGAAGACUGAUGUUCAUGGGCAAGAUAAUAUUGAUUCUUCUUCAGGGUGACAGGAGCAGCAUUAAGGAAUACUUGAUUCUUCAGAAAACUUCAAAGGUAGAUGUGGACUCAAGUGGAAAGAAAUGCAAAGAGAAAAUGAUGAGAGUACUGUGUGAGACAGAAGUACAGUCCCAGCAUAAAAGGUUUCAGACGUUUGAAGUCAAAGAAUACUCGGCACCGGAGGAGCUACAAAAGGAAUUUGAAACUGCAGGACUUACAACUCUUUUCUCUGAGUUUGUGCUUCCUCUCUUGAAAUAAAAUGAAAAGAAACCACUGGACCUUUGACCAAAGCAGUAAUUGACUGCAGAUGCUGAUAGAAGACAAAAGGACUAAUGUGGCAAAACAAUGUUGAAGCUUUUCUGCAAAAAAUACCAGUAGUAGUCAUCCUUUUGCAAGAAGAAGGCAAUUAAUACAUUAAGAACUUGUAAUUUUUUGAGAUUUAUGUCAAAAAACAAUGUGAUGUUGGUUGUUAUAAUUGCAUGGCAAGCAUGAGAGACUGGGAAGAAAUAAUGCUAAAAAAAUAGUCUUAUAGUCAGACUCUAUUUUAUAGACCCUGUUUUUCAAUGUUCUGUUUCUUCUCUCUCAUGGUAGAAUUUGUCAAUAAUGGCCUGUGAGAGUGCAUGAUUAAUUUUGCUUUGGAAGACUGUAUGAAGAUAUUUCCAUAAAAAAAACAUAGCAAAAACACAUUUGAAUAUGUGAGGACAGCAUAUACUUAAUGUCCCUUAGGAGUUCAUCUGCUAAUUUUUCAUUCUCCCUUUAUUGACUACAAAUACUAGAUAGUUGAUUUGAAGAAAAAGCUCAAGUCACUUGAGGCCUGAAAAAACUUAGAAGUGUCUUUUUGAAUGUUAGUUUUUAUUCUAAAAUUUGUAAAAACAUCCACAUAGAGGAUUUAAAUUGAUAAAAAGCUGAGGUAGAGCCAAUUGUAAUAUUUUCUUUGAUAGUUUACAGAUGUCUUUUUGCACUUUAUCUGGUUUUACUGUCUGUGCAGCUUCAGUUACCUUGAUUCAAUUAAACUGUUGGAGCAGUAUAUAUGCAGACUUCAGUCUUCCAUCUUUCAAGGCUUCUGCCAAGUUGCUUUUGUUUCUUUAUUUGGGUUUUUUUUAAUUGGUCACUGGCUUUGGCCAACCUGUAAUUUUUUUAAUCAGUAGUUUGUGUUUUACAUCUGUAUAGCGUUACAAAUUAUAUGCAUAAUUUUAGGAAUUGUGCAAAUUUUACAAGUUCUGUUUACCUAGGGAAGAUUGGAUACUUAUUUAUUACAAUUAUUAAUGUGAGUCCUUUAGUUUCUAUUUUACCUGAAACCAUUCUCUAACAAGACUAGAUAAAUUAUCCAGUAAUAAAAAAUUUGCAAUCAUGAUUUUCUUAGUAGCUAGCACUGCCGUUUGCCAUUUCAAUUGGCUUUAGCAUGUAGCAUAUGCUUUACUGCUCUCUAAAAUUCAGUCACAGAAACCAAAUGUCUCAUGUAUUCUGUAAUUAAAGAGAUUUGAUCAAUUCAGUAUAAACUAAUUUAUUUCCAUUGUUCUGGGGGAAGACCAGUACUAUUUGUUUAGUUCCGAAAGUGUGGUUUGGCAAAUAAUUAUGUAAGAUCUGAUUUCCUGUUCCAUGCUCAGACCAUGAGAUCAUACCUCUUCCUUUAUAUAUUCUAGAAAAGCAACUAAAGCAGACUAGGAAGAGUUUUAUAUUUUACUGUUUGAAUUAUCAGAUGUAUAAUGGAUUGCAUAUUGUUUGAAAGUUUCUGAAGUUUUUCAGGAGUUUGGUGAUUUUCCUAAUAUAGAGUGUCUCAAAUA